UGAAUAAAAUUAGACCAAAGUCCUUAAAUCUAACAAUCUCAAUAGUUCAAGAGACAUUUUUAACGACUUUAAAAUUUCAGGGACAUAAUUUGAUAAAUGUCAAAGUUUAAGGGCAAAAAUUCUAAUUAGCCUAAAAAUAAUUAAAAAUGAAAAAAAAAAUAAAAUAAAAUGAAACUUUUCAGAUGUGAUUUCCGGCCGCCUCUUUUUUUUUUCUUCUUCAUUUCUCUCUCCGUCGGCACCAGUCAGUAUUUCGACGACGAACUAACUGGUAUUUUCUUAUUCGCUCGUUUUGAAGUGUCUGUGAUUUGUUAUUGUUAUUAUAAGAAAAUAAUUGUCUCUGUUAGACAAGAACGGGCUUUAAUUUAAUGUGUGCACAAAAAGGGUGGGGUUUAAGAAGUCACUGUGGAUAGAGGAUGAGAUGAUCGGGUUCUGCAUUUUUAAAAUCUUGAGAUUGGGAGCGAGCUCAUAUUUUGCGCGUGUAAAGUUUGGUCACUUUUCUGUAAAGGGUAUUUUUGCCAUGUUUUUUCUAGGAAAAGAAAAUUGAGAUUUUAAAUAAUGUCAAGAAAAUAGGUUUUGGGUCAUUUUUGUUUGGUUCUAAUUUGGCAGCUGAAAUGCCAAGUUGGGAUCAUCAUUAGAGAAGAAACCCAGAACGUGUGAUGAGCUGCUUGUCGCAGUUUUCUUCGCACAUUGAAGCAAUCUUCAGAAUCAGUCAUUUCAGAGCUCGGACUUGUUGGUGCGGAGCUUAUGCUUCUUCUUCUUCUUCAUGGAGUAAUAGAAGAGUCCAGUAUAGUUACCGCAUUACUCCUCCACACGUCAAUCUCAACUCUUCACUGACCAGUUUUGGUGCUCGGUUUUACUCCUCAAAGAAAGCAACCAAAAGCGACUCUAGUAGUAGUAGUAGUAGUGGAACUGAAACCACGCCAAGGAGAAGGAAAUUGAAGCCCGAACCAGCAAUGGACCAGGAGAAAGAUGCUUUCUAUGUCGUGCGCAAGGGGGAUGUCAUUGGUGUUUACAGAAAUUUAAAUGAUUGCCAAGCGCAAGUUGGUUCUUCGAUAUGUGACCCUCCUGUUAGCGUGUUCAAAGGAUACCGUUUGUCAAAUGAUACUGAAGAGUAUCUCACUUCGCGGGGACUGAAGGAUGCCCUCUACACUAUCAGAGCUGACGACAUGAAAGAUGGCAUUUUUGGCACACUUGUGCAAUGUCCAUUGCAGAUUCCAACUCCUUCAUUAGGGGAAACAUCUACCAAGGAUACAUCCAAAAAGAGAUCACAGCUAGUGGAAGGGUCAGAAGAUCUGGAAACAAUGGGUUCUACGUCAAUUGAUCCUUCAAGAAAGCAUCCCAAAUUAGAUCAUUCUAAUGUGGGGAAAUUAUCAACAGUGAACUGUCGGUCAUGUAUUCUUAAGUUUGAUGGUGCAUCAAAAGGAAAUCCUGGAAGAGCUGGUGCGGGGGCUGUGCUACUAUCUGAUGAUGGAAGUUUGAUUUGUAAGUUGCGGGAAGGCCUUGGUAUAGCUACCAAUAAUGUGGCUGAGUAUCGAGCUGUUCUAUUAGGAUUGAGAUAUGCUGUUAAGAAAGGUUUUAAUAGGAUAUCUGUCCAAGGAGACUCCAAGCUUGUUUGUAUGCAGGUUCAAGGUUUAUGGAAGGCAAAAAAUGAGAACAUGUCAAUCUUGUGUGAUGAGGUGAAGAAACUGAAGGAUCGAUUUGAUUCUUUCCAGAUCGAACAUGUUUUGAGGGGUUUAAACUCAGAGGCGGAUGCUGAGGCAAACUUGGCGGUCGACCUUGCUGAUGGUCAAGUCCAAGAGGAAUGUGCCACGUAGUUGAAGUAGCAACCUGCAAUCAGUCUUGUUGGUGUGGCAUUCAGAAAUUCAAGCCUUCCGUUAAGCAAUGGAGUUGGUCUAAUCAACAUUCUUCUGCAUGUUUGCUCCAGUAGAUGACUGAAUCCUUGAGAAGGCUUAGUAGUAGUUAGAGUGAGCCUCUACUUGGGAAUCUGCUUGAACAAGAAGACAUGUGCAUCAUUAUUUCUGAUGAACUUGAAAUUUCUAACUCACGGAUCUUCAACAGUUUAUAGCCCUGAAUGGGGGCAAUGAACUUAUGAGACAAGAAAUUGAAAUGGAUACAGUCGAUUCUUGUCCUGAUUUAUGAGAUCAUGGAUGAUUGGAGGAUAAAAUUUCUUUCUCACAAUGCUUCACUGCUUUUGGGUCCUGUAAUUUGUGCAAUUUCUCUUUCUUUUCUUUGAUAUCAAAGUUGGGUACUCCUAUUGGAUUAUGAACGUUUACUUGUACUUAAUUGUGAUUACAGGCAAUUUGAGCUCAUUUUCUAA